CAACCCUUUCUAGACUGGACCCUGCCCGAGGCAGCAUUUGAAAUUGAGUUGAAUUGUACAAGCCGCCGUCUCUCUCAAAGUAUUCCUGUAUAUUCCCAAAAAGUGCAGAACGCCGUUACUCAAGAGAGAAACACGACAUUUCGAAACGCUCCAACAAAGCAAAUAGGCCUCUCUCUCAAAAACACACGCUCUCUCUCUAAAAACUGGUGUUUGCAAAGCAAAAAUGCUGGCCGCACCAGCAUUUCUUUAUCUUUCUCCUGCCUCUCCUCCUCUACGGAUUCUCCGCGGACACUCCCUUCUCUCUCAUCGCCCUUUCCGCCUCUCUUCCCACCCUUUCUCUCUCAUCAAACCAGUCCCUACCAUUACCUACCUCUCACCCUCCUUUAGCUCCAAAUUUCGCGGAAGAGGCCCCGCUCUAUCUUCUUCGUUUUCUGGUUCUUACGAUGAGAUAAAGCCUUUUGAUAAUGGAGAGUUUGGUUCGAAUUUACCUUUUGAUAAUGGAGAAAUGGAUUUGAACAAUUACUCUGAUAAUGGAGAAAUUGGUUCUGAUAAGGCUGGUGAUGAAAUUCUAGGGCUUGGUAAUGGUGGUUCUCAGAGUAUAUGGAAACAGAUGAAGGACAUUGUCAUGUUUGCAGGGCCUGCAACUGGCUUAUGGGUUUGUGGUCCUCUGAUGAGUCUUAUAGAUACUGCAGUUAUUGGCCAGAGUAGCUCUUUGGAGCUCGCUGCCUUAGGGCCAGCUACUGUGGUUUGUGACUACCUGGGUUAUGUGUUCAUGUUCCUUUCUAUCGCGACAUCCAACUUGGUUGCUACUGCCAUUGCCACAAAGGAUAGAAAGGAAGCACAGCAGCACAUUUCCAUGUUGCUGUUUGUAGCUUUCACUUGUGGCAUGGGGAUGCUUUUGUUUACAAAAUUCUUUGGCACACAAUUACUAACAGCUUUUACUGGGUCGAAAAAUAUUCACAUGGUACCAGCUGCCAACACAUAUGUUCAGAUUCGAGGCUUAGCCUGGCCAGCAGUCCUUGUUGGGUUGGUAGCACAAAGUGUGAGCCUAGCCUUGAAAGAUUCAUGGGGACCACUGAAGGUUUUGGCAAUUGCUAGUCUUGUCAAUGGAAUUGGGGAUGUUGUAUUAUGCAGUUUGUUGGGAUAUGGUAUUGCAGGUGCUGCAUGGGCAACAAUGGUGUCCCAAAUUGUGGCAGGUUUUAUGAUGAUUGAUUCAUUGAAUAAGAUGGGUUUUGAUGCUUACUCCAUGUCUUUUCCAUCGUCAACUGAACUUCUACUCAUAUUUAAGCUUGCUGCUCCUGUUUUUGUGACAAUGACAUCAAAGGUUGCAUUCUAUUCGCUUCUUACUUAUUUUGCUACAUCGAUGGGGACAGUGACCAUUGCGGCUCAUCAGGUUAUGGUUGGUGUAUAUUGCAUGUGUACUGUGUGGGGGGAACCGCUGUCACAAACAGCACAAUCCUUCAUGCCAGAGUUGAUAUGUGGAGUACAUAGAAAUCUGGCACAGGCUAGAACAUUACUCAAGUCGCUCAUAAUUAUUGGAAGUCUAAGCGGACUUAUCUUAGGGAGCAUCGGAACCUUAUUCCCUUGGUUAUGUCCUUAUAUUUUCACAAAUGAUCAUGAUGUCAUUAGAGAGAUGCACAAGGUAUUGCUUCCGUAUUUUGUUGCAUUGAUGGUGACUCCUCCAACACAUAGUCUUGAAGGAACCUUAAUGGCUGGAAGGGACCUUAGAUUCCUAAGUUUAUCAAUGACUGGUUGCUUUUUUGGUUGUGGCAUUCUACUGUGGGUAUGCAUUUAGUCUUUUAACAUUUUGAAAUUUGAAUGCAAAUUCUUUUGGUUUCAUUGGAGCU